UUGUCCGUCUAAAUAUACUACUGUGCUAGCAUUGAGCUAGCAUUAGCACGGGCUUGUCGCAGUUAGGUUGUUUACAUCCGGUGUUGCGUGUUGAUUUGCAUGUGUAGGAGCGAGCGGAGGAGCAGCUGGGAGACACAGCUCUGUUGUUGUUUGAAAAGACUGAAUAACGUGUGAUCUGUUGUGACCUGACAGGAAGCGCAGCAGUGGCGAGCUCAGUGACAGCGCGACGUCGACCCCGACCCUGAGCGCAGACCCUGAUAACCUGCUUGGCCACAGAAUCCAGCACAACUGGAGGGAAAAGGGUAACAUGACCAAGUGGAAAGGCACCGUGCUGGAGCGUCUCACUGUCAACAGCUCCCUCUACAUGGUUAAAUAUGACGGCUUUGACUGUGUCUAUGGCAUCGAGCUGUUCAAAGACAACCGGGUUUCUAAUCUGCAAAUGCUGACAGAGAAAAUCGUGAAUAAUAAGAUCAAGGUCCCUCCGGGGGCGGAGGAGCUGGUGGGCCGAGCUGUGGAGCAUCUGUUCGAGAAGGAGGAUGGCGAGAAGAACGAGUGGCGAGGCAUGGUACUGUCCAGAGCCCCCAUCAUGACCCACUGGUAUUACAUCACCUACGAGAAGGACCCAGUGCUGUACAUGUACCAGCUAUGGGACGACUACAAGGACGGAGAUCUACGUGUCCUGCCGGAAUCAGAGAACAAACACCUGCUGCCAGCAGACAGGAAGCCAGGUGAGGAGCCAGAGAGCCUUGUGGGUAAACAGGUGGAGUAUGUCACAGAUAACGGUCUGAAGAGGACAGGAUUGGUCAUCUACCAGGUCCCAGCGAAACCCACGGUAUAUUACAUUAAAUAUGACGAUGACGUUCACGUCCAUGUCUACGAUCUAGUCAAGACCACCUAGAACUGACUGUGCGGGUUUCAUCUUCAGCUGAUGGCUCAUCUAUGUCCCGACCAGUCGUUACCUGUUAAAGUGUUACAGAUUCCAGUCCCCCUGCAGUGGGAGACACUGUGCCGAAGAUCAAAAUCCCCCUUUCAUUUUUUAUUAUUUUAAGUUUUUUUGGCCUCCAGAGACAAACACUUACAUUGCGAGACAUCUUGGUUUUGGAGUCUCCGUUUUUAAGAUGACCUUGGUUUAUGACUCAAAGGUCGGCUUUGGUGUAAAUAAAACAGAUCUGAGAACGGUUGUAUAGCCCAACAGAUGACCUGAAGCUUGACGUUAGAUUUGGUUCAAACACACUUGUAUAGUGCAACUUUCAAACUCCAAAUUCAAACUUUUUCUAAGAUACACAUCGAACCGAAGGAAUUUAGCUUUGUUACCUAUACACCUGGGUUUUAUUCAUAUUUGAUCUCACUUUUAUAUGCCUGUGCUAUUUAUUUCGUCUGGAAUAUUUGGCUGUGCCGCCGGUAACAUUUGAGCAAAUCUCCUCUGGUGUGUUUUAUGUGCGUCACUGGUCAGACGUAAUAAUCAUUCAUCCAGUUUGCUAAUUUUACCAUCAUCAGAUUUCAGCUGAAGUCUAUAGUCACUGAUCAGACUCUCUCACAUCAUGGUUAAAAAAAACACACAGAAUCAUCUAAAAUGUCAUGUAUCAUAUUUCUGUUUUUACAUUAUAAUAAUAUAUGAGACUUGCUGAUGUUGAUGUAAAGUUGUUUCCGUGGUGUUUGUGCUACACACUAUUUAUGUAGUUCAAAUUGGCCACCAACAUUGUUUAGUAUUUUGGACUGAAGUCUUUAUUAUUUGCCAAAAAUGAAAACAAUGUGAAAUGAUAUUAUUCAGGCCUCAAAAUAUUGUUAUUUGUGUCCCUUAAUAUGUUUUGUUGUGUAAAUAUAAUCUUGAGACAUUUUUAUGAACGUUAAACAAAGCUGCUCGAAAGU